GGCGCAGGCAGGUCCCGGCGCAGCAGUACGUCUCUGCCGGGCCGCGGUCACCCGAAGAGGGGAGGCGCGAAGCGGCGCAGGACACACCCGGGCGCCCAGCCCGGCCGCGCCUGUUCAGUCGCUGGCUGGCGGCUGCCGCCCCGCCGCUGACCUGAUCGCGGCCGGCCCUGUUCUCGCCCUGUCAGCCGGGCAGUAACCCCCGCCCCUGUGACGCGGUCCCGUGCCGGCCACUGAGCCCGGCGGAGACUGCACAUAAGGCUCUGCGGGGCCCGCUCGCUGCUGCCUCAACUUCGAGUUGUGUUUCACUGUUACGGCGAGCCGGGGCCUCUCGCUUUUCCGCAGAGCCAGGAUGCGGGGACUAGUGGUCGCCGCUGUUCUGUUGCAGAGCAUCGCCGGCUCGGGCGCCUUCGCCAGAGGGAGGAGGAAUGUGGACCCCGAAACGAACAUGAACAUCAGUCAAAUUAUUACUUUCAGAGGAUAUCCUAGUGAGGAGUACGAAGUGACAACAGAAGAUGGGUAUAUCCUUUCCAUUAACAGAAUUCCUUAUGGAAGAAAAGACUACGAAAGGAGUAAAGGUCCAAGGCCUGCCGUGUUUCUGCAGCAUGGUUUGCUUGCAGAUGCCAGCAAUUGGAUCACAAACUUGGAUUACAACAGCCUUGGGUUUAUGCUGGCAGAUGCUGGCUAUGAUGUAUGGCUCGGAAACAGCAGAGGGAACACCUGGUCCAGAAAGCAUACACACUUCACAGUGAAGCAAGAAGAAUUCUGGGUUUUCAGCUUUGAUGAAAUGGCUAAGUAUGACAUUCCAGCCUCAGUGGACUUUAUUUUGAAGAAAACUGGCCAGGAACAAGUGUUUUACGUUGGUCAUUCACAGGGCACCACAAUGGCUUUCAUUGCUUUUUCAACUUUGCCACAGCUGGCUAAGAAAAUCAAAAUGUUCUUUGCCUUGGCACCAGUAGCUACAGUCAAGUUUGUCACUAGCCCUCUGGCAAAACUGGGAGCGUUUCCUGACCUGCUACUCAAGGACAUGUUUGGAAAGAAGCAAUUCCUCCCUCAGAAUUUUUUGUUGAAGUGGCUUGCUACCCAUGUUUGCACUCACAGAAUACUUGAUGACCUUUGUGGCAACCUGUUCUUUCUUCUAUGUGGUUUUAAUGAGAGAAACUUGAAUAUGAGUCGAGUGGAUGUGUAUUCAGCACACUGUCCUGCAGGGACAUCUGUACAAAACAUGAUCCACUGGAGCCAGGCUGUGAAGACUGGGGAACUCAAAGCUUAUGACUGGGGAAGCAAGGCUGCAAAUACAGCUCACUACAACCAGUCUACUCCCCCUUUCUACAAAAUAAAAGAGAUGACUGUACCAACUGCAGUGUGGACUGGUGGACAUGACUGGCUGGCAGACCCAAAGGAUGUUGCUAUGCUGCUCACUCAAAUCACAAACUUGGUUUACCACAAAAACAUUCCAGAAUGGGAACAUUUGGAUUUCAUCUGGGGCCUUGAUGCACCUUACCGCAUGUAUAAUGAAAUAAUUAACAUGAUUAGGAAGUAUGUCUAAACUAAUAUGGUAUUUCAAAGUCAUAGCUCACCAGUCAAAGCUCACCAGAAAUUCAUCUUUUUGGAACAUAUGCUUUUCUGGCAGUAAUGCUACAUUGUUUAUUUAUGAUGCAUUUUUAAAAUGCCAGCAAUGACCACUGAAUUAGAUUCAUA